AUGGUUGAUUAUAAUGAUAUAUUAGGGGGUUAAUUUUAAUUAUAAUUAGAAGAAUUAGAUAUUUAAACAAUUUUGGAAUAAGUGACAACUCUUUUUUAGGAGCAAUGUAGAUAAAAGGAUUUGAGAUUGGAUUUUGAAAAUCAUAUUCCUGAGAGUUGGUAAAUAAUAUCAGAUUAAAGAAGAAUAAAGUAAAUAUUGAUACAUUUAAUAUCAAAUGCUUAAAAGUUUACGUUGGAUGGUUCAAUUUAAAUAAAAGUAUUGGGUGUUAAGAAUGGUUUGAUUCAAUUUUAAGUAACGGAUACAGGGAUUGGAAUGGAAAAAAUUGAAGAAGAAAAUUUGAGAAAUAUGUUAGAUUAAGAUUAUAAAGAUGAACAUUAAUUAUCAUAAAAUACAGCAGGGUUUGGAUUAGGAUGUUAUUUAGCAAAUAAAAUAUGUUUACAUUUGUCUAAUAAAGAAUUCAAGCUAGAAUUUAAGAGAAAUGAAGUUGGAACAACUUUUUGGUUUUUAGUAUAAAAUAAUGUAUUACCAACAUAGAGUAUAGGUAAGACAUUAGGAAUUCGAUAAAUUAACAAGCAUUCUUAUAUUGAUUAAAAAUAAGCUUAGAUAGAAAGAACAGUUGGUAAGAAGUUAAGUAGAGUUGCAAGUAAAAUCUCUCUAAAUUCAAAAUCAAGAAUUUUAUCAUUUAGAUGUUUAAUUGAUCCUGUGAAAUAAAACACAGAGAGUGUUAUAAAUGAAGAAGUUAAUUCAACAGAAAGGAAACUUCAAACUUGCAUUAUGAAUAGAAAUAUAAAAAAAUAAAUGAAGUUUUUGAUAGUAGAUGAUGAAAUUAUAAAUAUUAUUAGUUUAUAGUUGAUUUUAAAAAGGAUGAAUAUAGAAGUUGAUUAUGUAUUUAAUGGAUUAGAAUGUUUAAGGAAGAUUGAAUAAAAGAGAGAUAUGUACUAAGGAAUAUUUAUGGAUAUUAAUAUGCCGUUGAUGAAUGGAUAUGAGACUACAUAGCAUUUGAUUUCUCGUUAUGGAAAUUAAAUUAAGAUAAUUGCUUGUACUGCCUAUACUGAUAGUGAAACAAAAUAACAUUGUUAUGACAUUGGAAUGAGUUAUUUCCUUAACAAGCCAGUGAACAUCUUAGAAUUAUAAAAAAUACUUAUAUAAUUUUAAUAAUGA